GUGCUGGUGGCAGGAGCCACAGGCGGCGUGGGCCAGCUACUGACGGCCAAGCUGCUGGAGCGCGGCUACAAGGUCAAGGCGCUCAGCCGCAGCGCCGACAAGGUGCAGCAGCUGUUUAGGGGCGCCGAGGGCCUCAGCACCGCCAUCGCAGACAUGCGGGACGCCAGCAGCCUGCCUGCGGCGCUGGAGGGCGUGGACGCGGUGGUGUGCUGCACGGGCACCACCGCCUUCCCCAGCAAGAGGUGGGACGGCGGCAACAACCCAGAGCAGACUGACCUGGUGUCUGUGCGCAACCUGGUGCGCGCCUGCCCCCAGGGCCUCCAGCGCUUUGUUCUGACCACGUCGGCAGGGGUGGAGCGCUCAGACAAGUUCCCCUUCGCCAUCCUCAACCUCUUCGGUGUGCUGAAGUACAAGCGCAUGGCUGAGCAGGAGCUGGAGGCGUCGGGCCUCCCCUACCUCAUCGUGCGCCCCAGCCGCCUGACCGAUGGCCCCUACACCAGCUACGACAUCAACACCCUGCUCAAGAACACCAGCGGCAGCCGCCAGGACAUCACGCUGUCGCUGCAUGACGACCUGGUGGGGGAGACGGACACCCCCCGGGCUGUUGCCGGUGCAGUGGCGGAGGCGAUUGUGCAGUCGAUGCUGCUGGAGUUUGUGGAGGGGAAGAAGUACAGCAUCGGCAGCAGGGAGGGCGACGGUCCCGGGCGGGACCCCUCCAAGUGGAAGGCGCUGUUU